UACUUCUCAUCAAUUUCUAAUUAUCUCCGCACCCCAGAUCUAGAGAGAACUCGAAUCGCUGUAAGAAGAUGGAUGCUUUGGACUCUGUUUUCGAUCCGCUCAGGGAUUUCGCUAAGGACAGCGUUCGCCUCGUUAAGCGCUGCCACAAGCCCGAUCGCAAAGAGUUCACCAAGGUCGCUACUCGAACGGCGAUCGGGUUUGUCGUGAUGGGCUUCGUCGGGUUUUUCGUCAAGUUGAUUUUCAUUCCCAUCAACAAUAUUAUCGUCGGUGCUACUUAAUGGCUUGAUAGGCUUUUGCUUGGUACAAGAAACCUCAAUUACAUCUAAGAGCAGGGAAGAAAGCGUUUUGAUGAUUAGUUAGCAUCUUUUUCUUAAAAUUUUAGGACUUUUCUAUGUAAUAGUUGACAGUUGAUGUUAAAUUUGUUUUGUCGAUUAUGGACUUCCAUGCAUGGCUUAUGACACUAUUCUUCUUGUUCAUUUUUACUAUAUUGCCAUGAUGGCUUAUAUUGAGCUACUCCAGUAUCAUGUGUUCA